AUGUGCAGAUGGAGACUGAGCCCCGGGGCCUCCGCCGUCGCCCACCUGCCCGCCGCCGCCGCCUUCUUCCCCUGCGGCGGCUGCUGCUGCUUGGUGGUGCUCCUCUUCUGGAUGUCCGCGCUGGCGCUGCCCUGCCAUGAGCCCGGCCGGCACGCGCCGCUCCCCAAGGCCACCAACGCUUCCUCCUCCUCCUCCUCUUCCUCUUCUCCCGCCGGCGCCGGGAGACACGUGCGGAGCUACAACCACCUCCGCGGGGACGUGCACUGGCGCAAGCUCUACUCCUUCAACAAGUUCUUCCUCCGCAUCGAGCCCAGCGGGAAGGUCAGCGGCACCAAGAGCCACGACUGCCCGGACAGUGUAAUGGCGAUUACAUCUGUAGAAACUGGAGUUGUGGCAGUUAAAUCCAUUAACACCAACUAUUACCUAGCCAUGAACAAGAAUGGAAAAGUCUAUGGUUCUAGAGCCUUUAACAAUGACUGUAAACUAAAGGAGAGAAUAGAAGAAAAUGGAUAUAACACAUAUGCAUCAUACUCUUGGAAACACAAUGGAAGGCAAAUGUUUGUGGCGUUGAAUGGAAGAGGAGCCACAAAAAAAGGACAGAAAACAAGACGGAAAAACACCACGGCUCACUUUCUUCCGAUGGCCGUCGAGCCACAGAUAGACUUCUUCUAUUGAUAGCAGUUGAACCAAAGAUCAUUUGCCAGGAAUACUUGGUAAUCCUCUUGAAGAGGAAAGGCAGAAACAGUACAGACGUCUGCUUGGAUGAAAAGGGGGGGGAGGAAGCCUUUGAAGGUUUUGUACUCUCUGCUGGCACAUGAAGUCCUUCUAAUUAAGUCUGUGUCAUAUCUUAUAAUCAAGACACAAGCCGGAUCAAAUGGGAUAGGAGCUCUUUCCAGUGUGAACAAAUUAUUAUUAUUAUUAUUAUCUCUGCAAUAGAACUUAAAGGACAAUGUAUUGAAUGAUCUUCGGGGAAAGUUAUUUAUGGAAUACUAACUCAUAUCAAAGACCUUUAUUGCUCAUUCAAGCCUAAUGAUCCAAUGAACAGUUAGGCACGCAAGCAUUUACUGGAAGCACAUGGAUCAUACGCAGAAAUAAAGGCGAUUCUGGAA